UAAACGACUACCUAAGUUUUUGCUUUAGUGGGUUCUAAUAGAAAGUAAAACCCUGACCUUCCUGGCUCGGCAUGUAACAUUUGCAUAGGGGCCGUUGCUAAUAAACCCUCUCUUCCCACAUUCCAUACUUCAGUGACUACUGUACUCUUCAGCUCUCAAAUUCGAACCAAGAAAAGCGCGGGUUCGAAGAAUUGCUCUCGGCUAGGGUUUCUACCCUAAUCGGAUUUACUCCAAUGGCGACACCUGCAAAAGUUAAUGAUGAAGUGACUGUUGAUGCUUCGCUUUGGUGGGAGCCCUUCACUGAGUUGCUUACUGAGCUCGAAUCCGUUUCUCUCUCCUCCGACCUCCCUCCUCUUCUGGAGAAGAAGAUAAAGGACAACCAUGCUUGGUUUUUGCACACAACUUCACUAUUUAAGCCACCAAAUCAGAAAUCAAGAGACGCUUUAGAUGCGGGACGACUAAAGAUUGGUCCACACCAGAUUACGGUAGAAACUGAUAAAAAAGCAGCAGCCUUGAAAAUUAGUUCUGCUAUGUGUUUAGAUGAGGUGCAGUCAUUUAUUCUUGUUCAUAGAACGAGUAAUCAAAAAAGUAUGGUUGCUGAUAGUGUGUUUCGCGAGCUUUCUCAUUUGGUUAUGCUUCAAUAUUAUAUGGAACGGCAAUGUCUCUUGAAGUGCACGCGGCUGAUAAUUACGCAAGCUUUAUAUAUUCCGACAAUAUCUGAAGAUGUCUCUAUUGUGAAUGAGGCACAGAAAUUGAUUUCCGAGGGACUAGACACGAAGUUGCUUUCUGUUCUGCAGGAGAAUCUGGCGGCCAACUUUUCUGAGUACAUGGAUGUUGACCUUUAUACUUUGUGGGCUGAGGAAAUAGUAACCGAAGACAAUCUGAUAUUGGAUGUUCUUUUCCUCAUUUUUUAUGAGUUCAACCCCUGCACUGGUGAGCUGUGGAAAAAAUUGUGCUCACUUUAUGAGGGAUUCAUUUCAAAUUCUUAUAAUUUCGGGAAGCUGGCCGUAUCAGCCGAAGCCGUUUCCUCCAUUUAUCAUGCCAAAGUGCAGCUGCUGCUUAUCCUCAUAGAAACUUUGGAUUUGGAAAAUCUUUUGCAGAUGGUUCAUGAUGAAACUCCGUUCAGGCAGGGCCAUGUUACUUUUUCACUGUCCGAGGUGCAAGAAAUCGAUGCUAUGGUGUCCACUUUUGAUGUAUUUGAGCAGAAAGAAUCAGGACCAUUGAUUUCGGCAUGGGCAGUUUUCCUCUGUCUAAUUUCAUCUCUUCCUGGAAAAGAAGAAAAUAAUAUACUGAUGGAGAUAGACCAUAUUGGUUAUGUUCGUCAAGCUUUCGAAGCUGGAUCUUUGAGCUUUUUUCUUGAAAUUAUUGAAAAUGAUGUACUGAGGGAUUUUGAUGGUCCUAUUGUUGGUCUUAGAAGCGUUUUACGGACAUUUAUAUCAGCAUUUAUUGCCUCUUACGAGAUCAAUAUCCAGUUGGAGGAUGGUAACCUGAAAUUGAUAUUGGAUAUUCUUUGCAAAAUUUAUCAAGGAGAGGAGUCCCUCUGUACUCAGUUUUGGGAUAGGGAUAGUUUUGUUGAUGGUCCUAUCAGGUGCCUUCUUUGCAGCUUGGAGGGUGAAUUCCCUUUUAGAUCUGCUGAACUUUUACAGUUGUUAUCAGCACUUUGUGAAGGAGCAUGGCCUGCGGAAUGUGUAUUUAACUUUCUUGACAAGUCCACUGGAUUGUCAUCUCCUGUUGAUAUCAGUAGCUGUUUGAUAGUGGAUGAUGCUUCUCAGACUGUUAAGGUGGUCCAACCAUUACACCUUCCCGGUGUUGAGGGUCUGAUCAUUCCUAGUGGAACCCAUGGUCAUCUGUUAAAAAUGAUCGAUAGGAAUACUGCUCUAGUGAGAUGGGAGUUUUCGCGAUCUGGGGUUUUCGUGCUUCUUUUGCGUUUGGCCCAAGGGCUGUACUUGGAGAAAACCAGUGAUGUCCUUCUGACUCUUCGGUUGCUCAGCCGACUUGUGACUUUCAACAUGGGUGUUUGUUCUGCUCUUCUGGACCUUGGUGGUGGCUAUAUGCAUGAUGAGAUGAACUCACCAACAGAAAACUUGCGUCUUAAUGUGGCCGAGAUCAUUUGUGCUUGGAUCAAGAAUUUAUCUCCUAAUUGCUCUGAUGUGGUGUUGAUGUCGAUGGGAGUUAACAUUUUGGCAAAAAUGUUAAAAUGCUCACCGUAUCAUGUUUCCAGAUUGAUAGUCCAGGCGAAUAUCUUUGAUGUUGCGUUUAAAACAAAUCCUUUCAGAAUUGGCUCCAAUGGCUUGUCGAGUGGAUCGUGGUUGCUUUCUGGUCGGCUCUCAAAAAUGCUUUUGAUCGACUGUGAGCAGAAUGAUUGUCAAUUGACUCUUUCAGUGCUUGACCUCACCAUGCAGCUUGUGGAUGCUGGAAUGGAAAAUGAUGUUGUCCUUGCACUUGUCAUUUUCUCCAUUCAGUAUGUCCUUGUUAAUCAUGAAUUCUGGAAUUAUAAAGUCAAGCAUGCUCGCUGGAAGGUGACUCUGAAGGUGCUUGAAGUAUUGAAGAAAUGCAUUCUGUCAAUUUCAAAUAUCCAGAAACUUGGUGAAGUGGUCACGGAUAUUUUACUUGGUGAUUCUUCAAUCCACACUGCACUAUUUCGACUUGUUUGUACAACUUCAGAUGGCCUUGAGAAGCUCUAUUUUAGCCGGCUUUAUGGGCUGACAGAAAUCGAAGGUUUACAACAGGCAAUUGUCUUGGGAUUGGAUAUUCUUUCCAGUAUGCUUUCUGAUCUCUCAAGGGAUGUGCCCAAUUUCACUGUCUUUCAUCAGGCAAUCAUGUCGUCGACGACAAAACCAGUGCCUGUGGUUACCGCAGCGAUAUCAUUGAUGUCAUUCUUCCGAAAUCCUAAGAUACAGGUGGGUGCUGCAAGACUGCAAUCCAGAUUGUUUAUUAUUGCAGACGACUCGCAAUCAUGUGCGCUUAGCAAUGCAUAUUUUGGUCUGGAUGACAAGCAGAUCUAUAAUUUUAAAAAUACGAUUUGUAGCAUUCUUUGUCAAGAGAAGGUAGAAAGUGAGGAUCUCAUAAUUGCUACUUUCAAGAUGCUUGCUUCUGCUGCACGUUAUCAGGCUUCUUUUCUUACCGCUGUGAUUGCUUUGAGGGAAAAUCCAAUUUCUGAAUCAUGCAAUGGUGACAAUCAACCUGGAGACAAUGAUGCAUUGCAGUGCAAUGCUGCAAAUAUAUUAGAUUCCAUAUGGGUUUAUGUUAAAAGAGCUGAUGAUCUUGUGAUGACCAAAUCACAUAUACUGUGUAAUAUGCUAAACUUCCUAAAUGCAUUAUGGGAAGGAGCUGGUCAUUAUACAAAUCUCCUGAAUGAGCUGAGAAACUCAGACUUCUGGAAAAAGCUAUUGAAUUCUGUCGUGCUUUCUAUUGGUAAGAAUAGUUGCCAAUCUGAAAGUGCGACUAAAUUGGAGCUUCAAAAUCUGGUAUACAGAUAUCAAUGUCAACAUAAUGUAUUGGAUGUAGUGGCCUAUGAGAUGUUCCUGCAGAAAAAGAUUUUACAUUCUGAGUUGGUCAAAAAAGAAUCUUCCAAAUCAUUGCAUAAUGGGUCUGAUGGCUCUAAAGUACCAACACCUGAAAGUGCAUCUAACCUGAAGGAUAUUUUUGGAGUGUGGUGUGGGAGCUCAUUGGAUGCGGAGACUAUUAAGAUGUUUGUUUCAUUUGAGUAUGAUGAUUCUGUAAAUCUGCAUGCAAGGUGCUUACAGGUUGCCGCUGGUUUAUUUGCUGUGCGGGUGAUGUAUAAAGUGAAAAGCGGUGAUAGAGGAAGUUUGUCUGUUUCACUUAUCGAUAAAGUUACUAACUUGUGGCAAAAGUUGAGGAAGUUACCAGCCUUUUCUGAGUUGAUGGGUUAUUAUGCGCAGCGUGGUUAUAGUGGAGGAAAUGAAUUGGAUGACUUAAUUCUCAAUGAUCUAUUCUAUCAUCUGCAAGGAGAGCUUGAAGGUAGACAGAUCGCCCACAGACCAUUCAAGGAGCUGUCCCAAUAUCUGCUAAAGUCAGAUUUUUUGCAAACGUAUCGCCGUAAGCACGAUGAGGACAUUUUCCCUCAAACUGAUGGUGUCUGCUUGUAUGACACUGAUCGUCUGCAAGGGGACAUGGCAAUUGAUUUGUGGGAUAUUUCGGAUUGGAAAGCAUCUAAAGCGGUUGCAGAAGCGCUGUUGCUCUCGUUGCAGAAUGUGAAUUUAAUGGUGUCACUCACAAGAUCCAAGCUUUCAGCUUUAAUAGCUUUGACAACAGCUUUCUCCAUAUCUGACAAUGUUGAUUCAGUUGAGAACGAGGUUAAAACUGCCAGAAAUAUUCCUGAAAAAUUAUUGUCAUCUAGCAUUGACAAUAUAUGCGAGUCUCUCAUCCGCACAAUCGGGUUGUUUGUCCCAGUCCCUGAUGCUAGUAAAGACAUAGUUGAAAUUCUUGCAGCUCAAGCAGACCUGCUUUUCCGCUUUACCAGGUCACUGAAUGCACAAUUGUCUUUAUCUAUGUGCCUUCUCAUAUUAAAAACUGCAGGUUAUGGCCUCAAGGUGUUGAGCAACUGUAGGCCAUUGGCUACUGGUGUCCUUAGUACAAUGAAAAUAUUUCUGGAGCUGAUUCUCUUUUCACUCAAGUCAAGUCGGAAAGAUUCUCGCCUUGGUGUACGAACAGAAAUGGAGCAUAAUGAAGUCUUACCUGAGGCAGCUAAUGUGAGCUUGGGGCUACUACCAUUGCUUUGCAACUGUAUAGAACUUACUGGACACUGCUCCAUCUCUAUGAUUAUUAUCGACCAAGUACUCAAAGGUUUUUCAACACCUGCCACUUGGUUCCCUGUCAUUCAAAAGCAUCUUCCGAUGCAGCAUAUUGUUCUUAAGCUUCAAGACAAAAGCUCUUAUUCAGUCAUUGACAUAAUAUUGAAGUUUCUUUUGACUAUUGCACAUGUGAAGGAAGGUGCUGAGAUGCUUCUGAAUGCUGGUUUCUUUGCAUCAUUAAGAGUAUUGUUAGCUGAUCUAUCUAAUGGUAGACCUCUCUCAGUAGUUGAGAAUGGGAGAAAUCUGGCAAACUCCUUUGAGAAUAAUGAAAGGUCUCCACCCAUUUGGGGACUUAGCUUGGCUGUGGUUACGGCAAUUGUUAACUCUUUAGGAGAAACUUCGAUGUUAAAUGUGGAUCACGUGGUGACUUACUUCUUCUUGGAGAAGGCUGAUCUAAUUUCAUAUUAUCUUAGUGCUCCGGAUUUUCCAUCAGAUGAUCAUGAUAAGAAAAGACCCCGGGCACUCAAACCACAUACUUCAUUGAGUUGUCUUAGAGAGAGUGAAAACACGGUUAUGUUAAUUUGUGUUCUGGCAAAGCACAGGAAUGCCUGGUCAAGGGCCAUGAAAGAAAUGGAGUCACAGUUAAGGGAAAGAUGCAUCCAUUUAUUGGCCUUUAUUAGCUGCGGUACACAGCGUCAUGGGGAAUCGCCAGGAAGAGGUCCCCCCAUCUUUUGUCAUCCUACCCUCCGAGAGGAGUACGAGUGGCACAACAAGCCAUCAUAUAUCAAUAGCAGAAAGGGCUGGUUUGCUCUUUCUGCUCUUUGCUGCGGUCUAAAUCCCAAAUAUUCAUCUUUUUCGUCAAGAACUGCUAUUGUGAUCAAAGAUCAAACAAAUGAGCAUGCUAAUCUGACUACGCAGUCUCAUUUUUCAGAUGCAAUGUCUAUUCAGAUAUACAGAAUUACCUGUCUUCUGCUCAAGUUUUUAUGUCUACAAGCUGAAGAAGCUGCUGAAAGGGCUGAAGAAGCGGGUUUUGUUGAUCUUGCACAUUUCCCAGAGCUACCAAUGCCUGAUAUCCUUCACUGCUUGCAGGAUCAAGGAAUUUCUAUCAUCACUGAAUUGUGUGAAGCCCACAAGUUGAAGCAGGUUAAUUCUGAAAUACAAGGGGUCUGUAUUCUACUGUUGCAAAUAACAGUAAUGGCAUUGUACCUGGAAUUUUGUGUGAUCCAAAUCUGUGGAAUGAGACCUGUCCAUGGACGUGUUGAGGACUUCUCAAAGGAAUUUCAUGCACUGACUAAAGCUGCGGAAGGACAUGCAUUUUUAAAAGAAUCUAUGAACUCGUUAAAGAAAAUGGUAUCUUCUGUGUAUCCUGAAUUAUUAUACGCAGAAGAUAUGCUGUGAAAUUCAUGGUGUCUUUGAGCCUCUGUGCAGAUAUGAAGCCUUUUGUCCCAAAAAUGGUCACUGAGGCAGGAAAGUUCCAGUGUAGGUCAUGAUUGUUGACAAUGAUGAAGGGGCUAUGAAUUCAACUUAAUAUUUGAAAGGCUGAAAACCAUCGAGAACAAGUAUGGGAAGGAAUGCAAGAUCCUGCUAGGCAAGGGGAUUUGGAGAGAAAUAUGUGGAAGUACACUCCCC